GCCACUCUCCCCUGCAAAUCCGGAAAACCUUGGGAAACAAACAAAAAUCCUAAAAAAUGAAUUCGAUACCGAAGAAAGCCUCAAACUUCUUUGGAUUAGCUGGUGUUGUGUGUAACCCGUUGAGUUCAAUGCAUCAGCAAUGGCAGCAAUGGCGAGGGAUUCGAGUAAGGGUACGCAAUGGAAACCUUGAGCAAGCGCUGGUUUUCAUGCAACGUAAGAUGCAAUCAAGUGGCAUGGAACGUCUGAUAAAGCGCCAGCAGACCCGCCAUGUCAAGAACUCUGAGAAGCGAGUCUUGGCUCGUAAAUCCCUGGAACGGAGGAUCCGAUCCCAAGAGCUUGCUCGCAAGCUCCAAGCCAUCCUUGUCAAGAAAGUCAGGGGUCUUUGAAAACAUUGUUGAGGAGUUGGUUACUAGAAGCAUUAUUUGCUAAGGUUAAUUUUGCAUUUAUGGUUGUUCAAGCUUGUAGGUUGGUGGUGGAUAACCUAUGGUUUACUCA